AUGGUGUUUUGGAAAGAAGUCGGCCUGCAAUUGCGCCGUGUGCCCAAGACCGCCGAUAUCUGUUUGACUCAAUCGCGGAGACACCUGAGCUCGAGGACAUGGACCAACACCGGAAUCACAACACAGCGCAACACUGCCCGUCCAAGCCUUCAACAAUGGCAACGAUAUAAUACAGCUCGCCGUGCUUUCUCUGUCUCUGCACAAGCCGCGCAUGGUCACAUCACGCCGCCAAAGGCCGGAGAAGAGAUCAACAUUACUUUUAUUGACAAGGAUGGCACCAAGAUCGACUUCCAGGUUGCUGAGGGCGAUAAUCUACUAGACAUUGCGCAGGCAAAUGAUCUGGAGAUGGAAGGCGCCUGUGGAGGAUCUUGCGCUUGCUCGACAUGCCAUGUCAUCGUCGACGACUCCGAUACCUUUGAUAAAAUGGAAGAGCCCUCGGACGACGAGAACGACAUGCUGGAUUUGGCUUUCGGACUCACCGAGACCUCCCGACUGGGUUGCCAGGUUCUUAUGACCAAGGAACUCGACGGAAUGGUCGUGCGAUUGCCGACCAUGACACGGAAUCUGCAAGCGAGCGAUUUCGAGUCGAAAUAA